AUGGCAAAACCUGCCACGCGUGUGCCAAAUUCUCCCGAUGCGCGUGACCAAAACGGUCCGCGGCACGCACGUCUGCACGUUCGCGGCUUCAGCAGGUUACAGGAGGAGCAGUGCGGCGGCGGCUUCGUAGACUCCCCGGCCUUCGCCGUCGCCGGCCUCCACUGGGCCAUCCGGUACUACCCGGGCUCCGACGACGGCGAUGGCGAGCGCGGCCACGUGGGUACCUUCGUCAGGCUUCUGACCGAGGGCGUGGUGGCGCGGGCGUCCGUCGGCCUCCUGCUCCUGGACCAGACCAAUGGCCUCGCCGACGCCCUCAUCUGGGACGAGCACCGCACGCUGUUCGACGCGGCGGCGAGCGCGGACUCGUGCACCAGGGGCACCGGCAAGCUCGCCACGCGGAGCGAGCUCAAGGGGUCACGCUUCGUCCGCGGCGACUGCCUCAUGAUAGAAUGCGUCCUCGACGACGUCUGCCGGGAUAACAGGCUGAAAUAG